AUGAAAUUCUUCAAAUGUUCAAAAAGACAGAAGAGAGUGGUAUUCAUGAUAAUUAUAUUACUGAUUUCGUACUACAUAUUUAUUGGUAGUUAUGCUAGUAAUAAAAAUAACAGUUCCAAAUAUGUAGGGAGAGAUAAACAAACUUACGGCGAAUACUUUUUACGAUAUUUUGGGAGUAAUUGGCAGGAAAAGCCCAGACUGGCCUCCAGAUUAACAAAUUUGUUUUCAAAGAUCAAACUAGUGAACAUUAAAAAGCUUUUGAAUUGGGGAGAUCUUUCUCCAGUGAAUGAUGAAUUAUAUACAAAAAAGGACAAGAACUGCAAAUACCUUUUUAUGCUUCUAAACCCAUGGGAUCUUCCGAAUGAAUGCAUUUCAGAAGAAUCUGAUGAACAAAAGUUCAAUAAUGAUUCGCCAUCUAUUAUUAUUUUAGAACACGAUCCGGACGAUAACCCGUGGAGACAUGAACUUUACAAACAAUUUUUGGAGAAAAUAAGUGGUAUGAAAGCUUUUGAAGAUCAUAUAUCUUUGGCAAGACUUGGAGAAGGCUUAGGAGCUGAAUUGGCAGGUUUUUUUAAAGUGAAAAAUUUUCCAAAAGAAGCGGGGGAGGACUAUCUAAGUAGAUUAUUAGAUAUAUCACUAGACUUGGAGUUUAGUGACAAUGAUUGUAAAAGGAAUGUCAAUAUUAGGAAGCUUUGGGAAUUCGGUCGUUUAUAUAGUAGAUUCGAAAAAAAUGGUAAUUCUUCAGUUACUGGAGGUUCUAAAUAUUACAGAGAGUUUUUGGCUUUUGUUUACUAUAAGUGUAUUUAUGGUAUAGAAAGUUCCAGUAGUGCCUAUAUAACUGGAAAUAUAAAAGAAGGUGCACAAAGUCAGUAUCUCUUGAAUCAUACCGAAGUUGGGAAUGAAACUGUUGUAAAUCAAGAGGACUCAUUUUUUGAGAUAAUUGCUUGCUAUCAGUUAAUCCCUACCUUGGGGGUUGAAGAUAAUGAACUGGUUUCUCUUGGAAAUUUGUGUGAAUGGGAAUUUGAAAGGAAAGAUUUUUACGUUCAAAAUGAGAUUGACCAGGAAAAAAUACGGUUAAUAAGACAACAUAUAAACCAAAUCAAUGAGAUUUAUUCAAAGUUAGAUAUAAUUCAACUAAAUUACAAAUAUGAGCAAAAUCUAGCUAAUACAGAUGAAUUGGAAGACUUAAAAACAAGUUAUUUUAACCAAUUAAUACUUAUAAUCAAGAAAAUCAGCAAGCAAGUCAUGAUUCAGUAUACCUAUAUAUAUGAUGAAAUCGGAAGCUUAGUUGAUUCCUCCCGAAAAAUUGAUAAAAAUAAUGAAACUAAAACUCCAAGUGACCCGGGUAACUAUUCUAUUGCAACAACUACUGUUCUCAACAGUAUUUCUGACCAAAAUAAACAAAACUCAGAUUCCCUAGACUGGAAACAACUUAUGUCCAGCAUAAUUGAGAAUACACAAAACAUUUUAGUAAGGGAACACAUCAACACAAUGCUAAUCAACUUUCUGUUUGACGCAAUUAUAAGAAUGCUAAGUCCCUGGAUAAGUUUAUUUUACCAAGCAAGCUUCAUCAUCAAUUCUUAUCUAAGUAUCAUAUCUUUUCUACUGGUUAUAGUAGCAAUUCUGGUUUGCUUCAAUACAAUUCCGUGCUUCAGAAGCGAAAAAGAUGAGGAAAAAUCACAAAAAUUAUGGGCAAAAGUUUUAAGAAUCUACAAAGCUAGUGUAAUGGUAUUAUUAUUGAAUACAAUUUUCAUUUUGGGCGGGCUGCUCAGGUAUUUAUAUUUACCAAAUGAAAUUGAGCUUCUAAAUGCAAAUAUAACAAUAAUAAAAGCAGUUAAUAAAGUGUUAAACAUAAUAUUGUGCCCAUGUGUGGUAAAUAUAAUAACAUCAUUUUCUACAGUUUUUUCAAUAUUUCAAUGGCAAUUAAUAUGGAUUAGUAGAAAACUCUCGUUUUCGAGCUUAAUUAAUUUAUAA